AUGUUAAUGGCCUUCCUGACAUUCGAGUUUUUAUCGGACAAAAAACUAGAUUCGAGUCAGUAAAAGUCAAUCGAAUUUCAAAUGUUAUUCAAAUUUAUUAGAGUAUAAAAUAUAUCGCAUGAAUUCGAAAUUCGACCUUUGAUAAAUCGGCCUCGAAGUGCCAUGUGAUAAAAGACACCAUAGGAAGGAUGUCCCUGUCCUGUAGAGCUUACAAUCUAAGCUGAUUAAACUGCCACUAGAAAUAGCAGGGGACAUAACAGCAGCCUUUAGAUUGUAAACUCUCAUGAGCAGGACCCAAUUUCUGCUGGAAUAAAUGCUGCAAUAAGUAAAACUGCUGUGUCUGAUCUCCUUUUUUUAUGAUUCCUUCCCUCCACACACCCACGCUACAGCACUGUGGCUGCCAUAACCCUUGUAACACCCCAGCGGUGCUCCUUGUACAUUCAUAUGUUCACAGGAAGCUACAAAAUCAAUAACACAAAGACAUGGUGGAAGCAGAAGAGAUAAGAUUGCUCUGUGCAGCUAAACUGACCGAGUUUGGAAUCUUGCCUGUUUUUUUACUACAUGUCAAGACAUGAUAGAAGUAUUGCAAUAAACAUUCCCCUAUGUGCUCGUAUAGUGCAGAACCGAUUGACUAAAAAGCUUACAAGUGCUAUUACCAUAAUGGCUUGGUGUGCAAAGCCAAGUCAUUAGCUCAGCAUGUGAAACACAUUGUUCCAAGAUUUGACACCAGCUGCCUACUUGAAAGGGCAUUUUCAUUCAAUGCCUUCUAAAACACCCUUAAUAAAGGAGCUUUUGAGACGUGGUUGGGUGAGGGGGCCGGGGAGGACUAUUUAAAGGCAUUGUGUUGGAAGAGAAGGCAUUAGAAGACAAGCAAGAGAGAUGGCUACAGUUUGGCUCGGGAUAUUCCUACUUUUACAGGUUUCUUGGAGCUUUCCCAUGCACUUUAGGAAACAUAAUGGACUCACAUUAAUGAGAAACAAAGUGGAAAGCCCUGGAGAUCAGAAUAACUUUAUCAAAAGAAGCGGAGUCGAUUAUCAUUUCAGGGAAAGAAUGGGCACCUUCCUGGAGAUGGCAGGUGGGAGACGUAGCAACAGGCAGGACAUACUGAAAUAUCAUCGAGCUCAGUGUACCUACAUGAGCCAACCAUGGAUACAGAGCCAGGAUAUUAUUUAUCAACAGGACCCCGGUGUCAUGUUCUUGUUCAGAGUCUACACGGGGCCCUUGAGACCAACCUUUCCUCGUCCGAAUCUUUUCAAAUACAUGAGCAGAAUUUAUCGGUGCUGCAAACUAGGGUUUACCUGUAAGCGGGUAAAAGGACUUCAGGGAACCUGGACUCAUGGUAAUGGAAGGAAAGAGGUGGAAUUCUCCAUCGACUCCGACAUCUUUAAUCUUUCCAUUCUACGGGCCGAACUCCACUUGGAAGUGUCUCUUGGAAGUAACCAGCUCACGGUUGUUCCGGUCCUUACAGCAAAAGGCAUUACACUCUCAAGCUUUACAACGUUAAGGAGUGAUCAUGUCAUGGAACUGGCACUGGAUGUAAUGUCCCUUUUGCAAAUGUUAAAGGAAACAGAUACAGAGGAUACGAUGAGUGAAGAAGUAACAGAGCUGAGCCUGGCGUUGCACUGCAUUCACAAUGAGCACCCUGCUCCAUGCCAUCUCUAUGGGGUAUCACUGCUUCACCCGCCCUUUCUAGCUCUUCACUACGAAUGAGAUCCUGAUAUUAGAUUCGCUUCUGAAGAAGCAUUGCAUAAGAGGAAACCGACUGAGCAACCAGAUGUGUCUAAAUUGAUACUUCCAUGUUGUCCUUGAUCGUUGGACUGUAAUAUGCUGAAAUAUUCUUGAAAGUCCUUUUGGAAGUCAGAAAGACAAUACUUAUCUGCCCACAGACAUGCAUUGUGUUAUAAGUGAUUGAAACAAUUAGCCUUCCAUUUAUUUGCCUGAUUUCUAAUUUGUAUCAAAGGAAAACACAGAGAUCUGGCACUUUUCUUACUUAAUUGUUUUUUGAAAGCAGAAGCUGCCAGGGCUAUUUAUCUCCUUGUAUGAAAUUCCUAUGCUUAAUGCGGCUUCCUUAUACUCUCCAUAGUCCUAUAUCAAUCCCAUAAUUGUUUUAGCUAUCUGGGAUUUCCUCGUUUACUAAUGGACAACUCAGGCUUGUCUCCCGUUGAACCAUAUGCUAUAAGAUCAGAGUGCAAGCUCUUGUUCUAGCACUUGUUUUAUUAUGCAACAAGAUUCUCUGAAGUUACAAAGACAUGGGGGGGGGGGGGCAGAACACUAGCUAUCUGUGUUACCUGCAAGGCCUUUAUACCACAGUCUGUAUUUACCCAAAGAGGUAAAAAAUGUAUUUACAGCAAAGCAUAUGUAAGAUGCUAAAUUAUAUAUCCAUAUUCUUUGUUAUAGAAAUCAUUGUCUGUAAACUGUGCACUUUCACGUGAGAUAAAUAUGUAUAUAGAUAUUUUCUUAUUCGUUACCUGUUGGUUUUAUAUGCAAUUAAAUCAACUUAUUGUGCA